CGCGGCCCGCAAUCAGUCGCAGUGCAACGUUCCGAGCGUGCGGACGUUUAUCGCGGUCGAUUGCCCCAGCCGACGGGAUGUUAUCUCCUGUUACGCGUCUCGGGGACCGUAUGAGCCACCGAUAGCGAACAUUAGACGCUGCGAACAUGCCCGACUCGCCUCUGCGGGAAGGAGACGAACUCGCGCUCGCCGUCUGAGAGCGUGGGCCAGUCUGCGCCCGACGCGACACCGCGACACUGCGGGGCCCGGUCCCCGUUGUCUCUUUCCGCGUUGACUCGAUGCUUGGUGGACGAUCGGCGCGCCCUGGGACUACCUGGUGAUUCUUUCACGGAUUCGUCCCUGCAAUCCACGGACACCUGAAAAGCAAGAAGUCGGAUUCGGCAGGAUGCUGAAGCACGUGUCGCUCUCGCCAUGGCGGGGGCGAGCGGACAGUCUGAGCCUCGCAUCGGGCACCGGCUGCGGGGGGCCCGGAGGGUGCGGGGACCCCGGUAGCUGCGGAAGCGGAAGUCCCACUCCAGGAGACACGCCGCCGCCCUCGAGGGCCUCGUCCUGCGCCUCCCUCGCAGCCCUCACCAGCCUCUCGCCAGCGGACGCAAAGUCCCAACAGACGACGAUCAAGGUCUACGCGAACUGCCUGCGGCCCGACAUCGAGUACAAGACCCUGAGCAUCACCUACGCGACGACGUGUCGCGAGAUCGUCCGCAACCUCCUCAACAAAUAUCGCAUGAGGCAUCGAGAUCCGAAGCUCUUCUACAUGACAAUGGAGGUGACGGUCAGGAGAGCCAACGUCCGCACGAUUUUGCCCCUCGACGAGGACGCGAGACCUGCGGUGCUUCAAUCUUGCCACCCUCGUGGGGACUCCAGGUUCUCGCUGCAGACGCGACGCGGAGGCCUCGUCAAGAUCUACGACAGCGCUCUGAUGUCAGGGUCUAAGUACAAGAGCCUCCUGAUUUCGGAGCGGACCACCGUGGACGAGCUGAUUCAGAUGCUUCUGAGCUGCUACGGCUCCACGGAGAGGGUGGAACGGUUCUCCCUCUACGAGGUCUGCGAAGCCGAGGAGUACCAGAGAAAGCUGCACCCCGACGACUCGCCUCUGAGAGUUACCCAGAGGUGGACCGACUCGGAUCACCACCUGCGGAUCAGGCGCAACCCUGAUUACGUCCCCCACGUGAGAAAGAGCACGUGGACCUCGGACUCGGCCGUGGCGAUGGCCAUGUCGAGGCUGCACCUGCGGACCGCGACGCAACUCCGCGCCAACUCGGAUGACCACGACCGCAACGACGAGGAUGCCCUUUCGCCCCACCAGCAGCAUCGGCGCCACCACAGCCACCAGUACAACAACAGGUCCGUGGCAAGAGACGACAACAACAACAACGACAACGACCCGAAGAGCGACCACGACGCCGACCGGAGGAAGGAGGCCCUGUCCAGGAUGCAGACCGCGAGGCCGCCGACGAGCGUCGCUCAAUUUUCCCGAGGAGUUCCUUCCUCCCCGAUCACGGCGAGUCACCUGUCCAAGUCGUCGCCCUACUCCACCUACGAGAACUACUUCUUUAUCUGAAGAAACCCGGGCGAAAGCGACGGUCGCCGGCUGUCCUUUCCGUGGAAACGAUAAUCCCAACUUUGAUGCGUCAGGGCGAAGCUCUGCUUGUCCGAGCGAGCAUCCCCCACUCCGGCGACCGGGCCAUGCGACUCCGCGCGGUGGGGAGAGAAGCAAUGGAGAGCCGAGCUCCAUUAUCCGGGAACGAAGAUGCCAGGUUAACCUGCGCGUAGGAAUGUAAGAAAAAGUCGGCAACGGAGGAAACUAUACCAAAGGUAGGCGCAAGGACUUCGCAGUGGUCCGUGUAAAUAGCGCCGAAGAGACAGAGGUGACGGACGCGAGGUCCGUUGGACGGUUCUAAUGCGCCUAUAAAAGGAUCGCUUUGUGACGCGCACGGAGCCCCCGGGACCCGUUCGAUAGGGAGCUUUCUAUGCGUCCUUUGUGCUCGCGCUCGCAUAAGUACACGCACGCAUACACGAGACAAGUUAUUUAUUAUUGCACGCGUCGCUAGUUAAGCGCCAGAUCGUACGUAAGGAGUAGAAAUCGCCUUGACCUUCUGCCUGUUACCGACGACGUUGGACGAAUCUCGAAGAACGGUUCCUUCGAGGCUUCGGGGAUCCAAAACGUGAGAAGCUGGGAGUUUAAUCGGGGUAUCGCGGUCAAAUCCGACCAAUUAACGUGUCUUAGUUUAAUUAACUGACUAAUCUAAUCGCAUUUCCUCUCCCCGUGGAACCGUUCUUCAACGCGCGUCCGAUUUCCCUCGCAGCUUCUUCCCCGUUCUAUCCAGAGUUGCCAAUUAUAAUGUAAUUAAGGUAUUCCACUACAAUGUCUCGCAUGCGGAGAGCGGACCGUAAAAGCCAAUAAUGGUAGGCCGUAGCCAUUAAAGUAUUAUAGUACGGAAUCUGGGGCGGAAGUCGUGUCGCGCGGUGAUGUGGUCGAUGACGAAGAGCGCAUCGGUGGUACCUCCAGGGUCUACAUCCCUCUUAGGUCGUUUCCGAAUGCGACCAACGAUUCGGACGAGGGUUGUUUAACUCCUGUAAUGCGACUCGGUCGUUUGCACGAGCGAUUUCAGCGUUCGGUUUCAAGUAUUAGGUCACCGACGACUGCCAACCUCACCCAGCGAGGAGGAUUACGAGACACGAAGACGUUUCUUCGACGAUGCGCGUGGAGUGGCGGAUUUCGCGUAUAAGGGGAGCUGCACCGUGUCGUAGGUUGUCACCUAUAUUUCUGUAAAGUCGUGUACAGUAUCGUUACGUCGGGUCGGUUGGCAACUCUGGGCUCGCCGCGAACAGUGCCGAAUGGAUUACGGGGUGAAAUUCCGUGAAAUUCCGUGAAAUUCGUUCCGUCUCGGUUGAAGGCCUGUGAAGAAUUCCCCGCCGAUUUCGGUGUCGGGUCUGAAGGUUGAGUACGAAGAGAGGGGUCGCUCCUCGCGCCUUGAGCGUUGUACCAAAGAGAUGGCAAUUCGCGACAUGCACGUCGGAAGGUGAGGCCCCCUCGAUGCGUGGGCGGUGGAGGUCAGCUUUUCAAGGCCGGUCCACUUGACGACGGAGAUGAUGAGCGAUGCGUCGAAUUCCAGCUGGUACCUAAGAUAAGCGUGUAAAUAGUGGUCGUAUCAUUUGUUUGUACUUUGUACUUGCCGAGGAGGCGAAAUAAACGUUGUACCUUGGCUCGA